AACGAGACUCGAGUUAACCCGGCCCUUCCAGGAUGGCACAGCGAUCCGAGCUGCGUUUUUGUUCCCGAGCAGCACAACCAAGUGUUUUGUACUGCUUCAACAUUCAUGCUGACCCCUGGACUUCCUGUGUAUGCCAGUGCUGACUUGGUCAACUUCAAGCUUGUCAGCCAUGCUAUGUCUCGCGAGUCUCAGGUGCCCGAAUUUCUGGAGUCAGUUCCUCAGUCUGAUGGCAUCUGGGCUGCAACUAUACGCUACCAUAAAGGCGUCUUCUACAUCAUCACAGUCUACAAGCACAACAUCAACAACAAGAGUACUGGUCUCAUCUUCAACACCACCAACAUCUACGACUCUAGCUCUUGGAGCGACCCCGUUCGGUACGACGCUGAGUACAUUGACCCCGAUCUUUUCUGGGACAGUGACGGUACCGCGUAUGUCACUAGUGCCGGUCUCAAUCUCCAGAGAGUUGACUUGACCACCGCUGAGCUCUCCAGCCCGGUGAAUAUCUACAACGGUACCGCUGGAGGAACCUUUCUCGAGGGCCCACACAUGUACAAGAAGGACGGCUACUACUAUAUCUUGGCCGCGGAAGGCGGAUCAGGAGUCAACCACACUGUCAUUGUUGCGCGGUCCAGGAAUAUAACCGGCCCCUACGAAAGCUACCAGAACAAUCCCGUUUUGACGAAUCGUCACACCAACGAAUAUUUCCAGAACAUUGGUCAUGCCGAUCUGUUUCAAGAUGGUCAGGGUCAUUGGUGGUGCGCAAUGCUCUCCUGGAGAUCAGGGCCUGCUGCUUUGACGUAUCCGAUGGGUCGCGAAAUGUCACUGACUCCUGUGACAUGGCCCAAGAAUGGCUGGCCAACAUUUUCUCCCGUUCGUGGUGUGCAGAGUGGAUGGUCUCUACCAUGCAAUCGCAAAAUUGCUGGAAACAACUCCUUUGUCAACGAUCCAGACAAUUUUGAUUUCGCUCCCAAUUCGAGCAUACCCGCUCACUUUGGCUAUUGGCGUUGGCCUGAUAACGACAGUUUCAAAAUCUCUCCUGCCGGCCAUCCGAACACACUCGAGUUGACACCGUCAAACGGCAGUAUCCACGCCGGAGCGACCAAUUUUAUUGCGGGAUUUGACAUUCAUCGUUUCACGCUCAUCAUGCGUCGUCAGACGGACACUUUGUUCCAAUACAGCGUCGACGUAGACUUCAACCCUCGAGCUGCAGAGGAGGAGACUGGUGUUACUGCUUUCCUAAACCAAGCCCAGAACAUCAACCUUGGACUUGUCAUGCUUCCAAUCAACUCUGCCGACAACACUUCCAGUAACUCAACCUUGGCUCCUCACCUGCGUUUCAUUGUCACAUCUGGCGGCAGUCUUGAUAAAACUCAAGCACCCACAACGAAUAUCAAGGUCGUCCCUCAGGCCUGGGUCAAGGAUCCUAUCCGUCUUAUGGUUAGCGCCCAAAACUCGACUCACUACGCUUUCUCUGCCUCUUCCGCAACUAAGCCUUGGGAAUCAAUCGUGAUGGGCUCAGCGCCCGGAUCUCUGCUCAGCGGUGGAAUGGGUGAUUUUACCGGAACUCUGGUCGGAGCAUACUCAACAACCAACGGCCACGGCGAUAAUGCCACCGCAAAAGCGUAUAUCUCCAACUGGAGGUAUCAAGGCCUUGGACAAGAGAUCGACAAUGGAGUUUUCAUUCCUUCAGAA